AUGGAUCAACUUGUCGAACAGGUCAACCAACUGAACGACCAACUGAAAAAAUCUGUGCUGGGAAAACGCAAGGUUUGCCACUCGAGCGCGAAUUCGAGUCUUUUGAACACGUUGCAUGUUAGAGUGCGAUCCUCCCGCGCGGUUCAAUUCAAGACUGAUAACAGUAUUCUACCAUUUCCGUGGGCAUACACACUCGAUGAACAUGGUGACAAAAUCUGGCUCGCCGAGGAACAGCAACGUGAUCGAUAUCGCGAAUACGUGCAAGUCAACAUCGGCGAUGCGCUCGCGAGGAACGAGCUUUGCGUGUGCGGUGUGGAAAAAGGAGAAGGUGGGAAAGAUAUUCUUUCGGUUGACGUCCCAGGGCACAACAUCACUCUUGUUGGACGCACCGACUUGAUCAUACUGAGUGAUCAGGUCUUGGAGAACCCAGUCGAAGUGAAGCUGCUGCCUGACGUGAGAUUGAUCAUUGAAGUGAAGCGAGAGGUGAAACCAAGCUCCAUCAAUCAGACUGUGUCGGAGCUGAUCGCACUAGAUAUUAUGGUUGCUGAGCAGGUGAUGGCACUCUUGACCGACUUUGGAAAGCAUUGGCAGUUUUUUUGGGUCGCCGACCCGACUAACAGCGAAGGUAUCAUCCAAUCGGUGAUUAUUAAUAAUCCUAGCAAGGCGUUUGCGGUGAUCAGGACACUACUCGACCAGUCACCAAGUGCUGGUGCUGAUGCAGCGAUCGGCCUACCGUGCGUCAAAGCACCUAUCAAGCGACAGAAGCUUUCUGGUGUCCUGGUCUCCAGCGGAGAGGAUAGCGGUACUGGUAUUCGCGAGAGCUUGGAACGAUACUAUGACAUCGCCAGUAUAUUAGGCCCCGACAUGGACAUGGCGCGUGCUGUAGCUAGACAGGUCACCCGAUCUAUUCCCACGUUGAGUUAUUUCAGCUAA